AUUAAAUGAAAAUCAAGAUAGUUUAUAAUAACGAAAUCCAUCUUUUGAAAUCACAAAACCCAACUCUCUCAGGAAUUAGAGAGCACAUCAUUAAAAUAUAUCCAAACCUUGGUUCCAACUUCUCACUUACCUAUAACGACUAAGAAAACGACUAAAUCAGUUUAAGUUGUUAAGAAGAUCUAUAAGUUCUUAUUGAUGAAGGGAUAUAAACAAUUAAGGUUUUCGUGAUAACCUCCUCAAAGCCUAAACAAAAUCCUCAAGAUAAAAUGAUCCAUAAAAGGCAUACUUGUGAUGGAUGUUAGGUGCAUCCAAUCAUUGGAUCAAGAUUUAAAUGUCUUGAAUGUCCUGACUAUGACUUAUGUGAAGAAUGUCAAGUCAAAAAUCUUCAUAAUCAUCAUAAAUUCUUCAAGAUUAGUACAUAAGAAGAAUUAGAUUAAUUCCGAAAAGAACAUUGGACUAAAUUUGGUCAUUGGGGACAUAGAGGAUUUGGACAUCAUCAUGGUCAUGGACAUGGACCUCAUGGACAUGGGCCUCAUGGACAUGGAUUUGGACCACAUGGAUUUGGACCACAUGGAUUUGGACCUCAUGGACAUGGACCUCAUGGAUUUGGACCUCAUGGCUUUGAUGCUUUUAAGCAAAUCAGAGAAUUUUUCGAAGAUCCUGCUUUUAAAGAAAUUAAGCAAACUGUUUGUACAAUUGCUAAAGAUGUCUUUGGUGUUAUAAAGACAGAAAUUGAGAAACAUAGAAACGCUUAAUAAUAAUAAUAGGAAAAACCUUAAGAGGAAUGUGAUGUGAGUGAUGAAUAAGAAACAUAAUAAGAAGAACAGCCUUAAAAAGAAGUAUAAUAAAAUACAGAAGACAUAGUAGAAAAUGAUAAUUAAUAAAAUAAUGAGGUUGAAGAAAAAAUUAGAACUUUGAUUUCAAUUUUGUAAUGUGAAGAGGGAAUAGCUAGAGAAUAUGUUAAAUGCUUAAAGGAAUUACCAUUAAAUGAGAUUAUUGAUAUUAUAUUAGAAAAAAAUUGAUUACGAUGAAUAAUUAUUAAAUGAG